UCGGACAGCAUCAGUUGCAGCCUCAAACUCUGGACACAGUGUACUGCAGUGUACUACAACCCCUUCAAGCCCACGAGCCCAAGCAACAAAGCAUCUUCAAUCAUGCAGACCUCCAUCGUUAUCCUGCUGUUCGCCGGCCUGCUAGCGCUCGGCUAUGCUGCACCGCGCCCUGGCGCCGAGGAAAAGGACGCCCAGCUGCUGAAGUACGAGAACGACCACAACGGCAUCGAUGGGUACAACUUCCAGUUCGACACGAGCAACGGCAUCCAGCGCCAGGAGCAGGCCCAGCUGAAACAGUUCGACGAUGAAAAUGCGGCCCUGGUUGUGCGCGGCUCGUACUCGUUCACCGGUGACGAUGGGCAGGUGUACACGGUGAACUACGUUGCGGACGAGAACGGUUUCCAGCCGGAAGCUCCCCAUCUGCCGAAGUAAGGCAAACGGGGUUUGGUUGGCAGUGUGUGUUAGUGCAAACUUUUUGCGAUUGGUCCAUAUAGGUUAAAAAUUUGUUUUUUCUUCCUUCGGUUUGUUAAUUAAAGAACGAUAGUUCAUU